GCGGAAGUUUGAGUUCCGCUCAGUCCAGUUGACUCCGAAACUGAGAGCAGACGGACUGAAGUCACGCUUCUCUCUGCACACCAGACCCGGCUUCACAACGCGAGGUGAAUCAUGACCAGCAGCUACAGCGUCUCCCUGGCUGGCCCCGCCCCCUGGGGCUUCAGACUGCAAGGAGGAAAGGACUUCUGUCUCCCCCUCACCAUCUCACGGCUCACUGAUGGAGGUAAGGCAGCCAAAGCCAAGAUGAGUGUUGGAGACAUCAUUCUGUCCAUUAACGGCCUUUCCACGGACGGCAUGAAUCACCUGGAGGCCCAGAACAAGAUAAAGGGCUGCACAGACAAUCUCAGCCUCACUCUACAGAGACCCAGUGCACCUAAAGAUGGAGUACCUAAGGAUGAACCUCAAGAAAUCAUUAAGCCUGUCCCAAUCACUCACCCUGCUCCAAGCACCUCAUACACCAAGCCAUCAAGCCAGCCCAACCCUGCAUACAACAAGACAGCCCGUCCUUUUGGGGGGGACAGCAGUGCGAUCACAGCUUCCUCCCCGGCUGCCCCCUCCAUUCCCUCACUGUCAUCCGCUUUCAAGCCAGCUGCCCCCUCUCAACCGCCACAGCCUCCGUUUCUACUCAAGUCGAGCCUCCCUGCCUCGGACUCAGCUCCAGCCAACUCAGUUCCCAGGGCCAGCCCUGGUCGCUCUGCCUUCACCUCCCCGUCUGCCUCUUCCUCCUCAUCUAACUCCUCCUCUCCAGCCAGAGUGACAGCCACCUCCUCCCACCCUAAUGUCCCACAGCCCUCUGUCUAUAACACACCGAUCAACCUCUACUCCAAUUCCAAUGCUUGUGAGGUGGUCAUGGGACAGCAGCGAGGUCUUUUGGAGAGCCAGGGGCUGUCGGAGCACCUCAAUGGGAAACCUAAUGUGGAGCCAGACGACCGUGCUUCCCCUCUGAGCGAUGCCAGCAAGAAGCGUCUGAUUGAGGACACAGAGGACUGGCACCCACGGACCGGCAACUGCCAGUCCCGCUCCUUCCGUAUCCUGGCCCAGCUCACCGGCACUGAAAAGGAGCAAGCUCCCGAGAACAGUGGAAAGAAUGAUGCAGCUGACAAAACCACCCCUGUUGUACACACAUCGCCUGCAGCAAAAACAUUUUCCAAAUCUGCAGCAUCACCCAGGAAUGGAAAUGUGGCCCCUGCUUCUGCGUUCAAGAGCCCAGCCACCCAGAACAAGCCUUCCUUCAAGCCUGGAGGUCUACCAGGUUUUCCUAAGGGUGGAGCAGCUCCUUCAUUUGGCAAAGUUACCAACCCUGCUCCUAAAGGUCCAGACCGCCCCACCCCACAGCCACAUCCACAGGACCUCAACUCUCUGGUGCAGAGAGCGGAGCACAUCCCAGCCGGGACACGCACCCCAAUGUGCAACAAGUGCAACAAAGUCAUCAGGGGGCCAUUCCUCGUGGCCAUGGGCAUGUCAUGGCACCCUGAGGAAUUCAAUUGUGCUCACUGCCACUCCUCCCUGGUAGACGGUGGCUUUGUGGAGGAGAAGGGCCAGGUGUACUGCGAACGUUGCUACGAGGAGUUCUUAGCUCCAACCUGCAGCCGCUGCAACCAUAAGAUUCUGGGGGAAAUCAUGAAUGCCCUGAAACAGACCUGGCAUGUGUCCUGCUUCGUCUGUGUCGCCUGCCAACAGCCAAUCAGAGGCAACACAUUUCACAUGGAGGAUGGACAGCCAUACUGUGAAAAAGACUACUACAACCUGUUUGGGGCCUGCUGCCAUGGCUGUGACUUCCCCAUCGAGGCGGGCGACAAGUUCCUGGAUGCUUUAGGAUUCACCUGGCAUGACACCUGCUUUGUGUGCGCGGUCUGCUCUACUAAUCUGGAAGGUCAGGCGUUCUUCUCUAAAAAAGACAAGCCUUUGUGCAAGAAACAUGCCCACACUGUCAACAUCUGACCUGCUCCUCCAUGAAUAUGCACGGGAUCAGGGAGCAGCGCCAGUUUUCAGCAGUUUAUAUUUCAGUCAGAUGUUAAAUAUUUUCAGGAUUAUUCUCAGAACUAACAUUGAGUCAGUGGUUCCACUUAAGCUAUAUCUUUGCUCUAGUAUUGUUAUGCCAUAUCAGUUUUACAGAUGAAUAUGCAGGAGUGCAUUUCAGUGCACUGUUAACCCCCUGCCAGUUCAAUUUCUGUGCACGUGUUUGUGCUGAGCUUUUUAUUUGUGCUGAAGGUGUGUUUAGCUCUUUGGGUGCAUUUUUGUUUCACACAGAAUAGGAUAGUUAACUGCAAUGACCUACUGAGCCCCUCAUGGGUCACAUAUUAGAAAAAAAUAUCAAUGUGGUAAGGUUAUGCUAAUGGUAAAUCGAGCAAAACAUAUUUUACAUUAUAAAUUAUAAUUAUAUAACAUCAUGUAAAAAAAUAUUUUAU